ACACCGGGCCUAACUUGUGUUGUGGAGGUGGAUGGGGUAUUAUUAUCUCUGUGCUACCCACCCAGCUAUAAAAACGACUGGUGCUGCAUCUCUACAUCACACACUGCCCCUGCACUAGUCCUCUCUCCCUCCCUCUCUCUCUCCCUCUCUCUCUCUCUCUCUCUUUCUGCUGUACAGUGGGGUCCACCUCUUCUCUUCUCUUGUGUUCUCUUCUCUUCUCUCUCGCACUCAUCCACUUGCUCUCAGUACCACGCACGCGUGAGUGACUGAGUGUGUGUGUGUGUGUGCAUGUGAGUGUGCAUGUGUGUGCCUGCGCGCAAGAGAAAGAGAGAGAGAGAGAGAGAGAGAGACGUUGUUUCUGCCACUGUUGGAUGUUUUUUUUUGUGAAUGGAGGGAAGAUGAGCGGAUGAGUGAGAAUGGACAGGGAGAGCGGCGUAAAAGACAGGAGAUGAGACAGACACACAGAGAGAGAGAGAAAGAGACAGAGAGACGAACAUCACUCCAUAGUCUCAGGAUAAGUCACACACAUUCCAGAGGAGGCUCAGGAUUCCUAUAAAACUAUGGCACGCAGUGAGGAGGACCUCAUUGGGAUCCCCUUCCCGAAUCACAGCAGCGACAUCCUGUGCAGUCUGAACGAACAGCGGCGUGAUGGCUUCCUCUGUGAUGUGGUCCUAGUGGUGAAGGACCAGGAGUACCGCACACACCGCUCUGUGCUGGCUGCAUGCAGUCAGUACUUCAAAAAACUCUUCACCGUGGCCACAGGCGAUGGCGACCCCAGCCAUCACGGUAUUUACGAGCUGGACUUUGUAGCACCCGAGUCACUGACGGCCAUUUUGGAGUUUGCGUACACAUCGACACUGACGGUGACGUCCUCCAAUGUGAAGGAGAUCCUGGGUGCGGCACGGCUAUUGGAGAUCCCGUGCAUUAUUAAUGUAUGCUUGGAGAUCUUGGACACCGGAGGAGGGGGAGGUACAGGUGGCAGAGAAGGAGAUGAAGAGGAGGAUGAGGAAGAUGAGGAAGAGGAGGAAGAGGAGGAAGAAGAGGAAAUGGCAGAAGAGGUAGAGGAUGACUCGAAAGAUGGUGAGGUUGAGGAACGUGACGAGGACAAUGUCAGUGAAAGAUCUCUUCACGCAGAUGCUUCUGAAAACCAGGAGAACCGAAUCACUGGCAGAGAACGAGGAGCAGACAGUCCCGCAUGCAGCUCACAACAGAAGGUACACUCAGAAAGAGACUUGCCAAACUCUCAGAGAUGCCAAUCACGUACUCCGGAAAAACCCACAGAGCAAGAAGGACUGGAAGGCAGAGCACUGAAAGACUUUUCCAUCGAGUCCCUGCUGCAGGAAGGACUGUACCCAAAGAUGCCAGGACUAGAGAGAGGGUCAGGCUUCACCACUCUUCUUCCAGGAUUCUAUCCUCCAAUUUGGGCUACAGAGUUUCCAGGCUUCCCACAACUCCUUGAUCGCCAGUGCCCGCCUCACCCUUACCCAACAGCUUCACUGGACAACGGACCCUUGGAUCUCGCCAUCAAGAAAGAAGUCAUCAAAGAGGAAAUCAAGGAUGAGCUCCCCAGUGCUGUGCUCCACAGAGAAUUCCUCAAAGACUUUGUGGGCCCAAGUGUCGGUGCGGCUCCUGAACCCUCUCUGGGCCAGAUUAAGGAUGAAGCAGACCUGCGAAACUACUUGACAUUCCUCUCAGCAUCCCACCUAGGGUCGCUGUUUCCACCGUGGCAGCUAGAGGAAGAGCGGAAGCUGAAGCCCAAAGCAUCACAGCAGUGUCCCAUCUGCAACAAGGUCAUCCAGGGUGCAGGCAAACUACCUCGGCACAUGAGGACGCACACAGGCGAGAAGCCCUACAUGUGUACCAUCUGCGAGGUCCGCUUCACAAGGCAAGACAAGCUAAAGAUCCACAUGCGCAAGCACACAGGCGAGCGACCCUAUAUGUGCCUGCAUUGCAACUCCAAAUUUGUGCACAACUAUGACCUUAAGAACCAUCUGCGUAUCCAUACAGGCGUGCGGCCCUACCAGUGCGAGCACUGCUACAAAAGCUUCACCCGCUCUGACCACCUGCACCGCCACAUCAAGCGUCAGAGCUGCCGAGUGUCACGCCCUCGCCGGGGGCGCAAACCCUCCUCCGCCUGGCGCUCCUCGUCCGGCUUCUUCUACACUCCAGAUGCCCACCCACUACAAGGAGACCAAACGUUGCGUUUGCCAUCCCUUGGAGCACCGGUGCCCAGUCAACUGCCCGAAAGACGGCAGAAUUUAGACGGUGGCAGCAGCAGAGAGAAUCUGACCGACAGGAAGCUCAUCUCAGAGGAUGUGGACAGGAAGAGGGGGGUGUUUGCUUUUGCCCUGGCAAGGGAGGACGUUCUACCGCACCCAGCCUUUUACCCCCCGACCCCUGAUCCCUGGACCGUGAGACUGGAGCGAGCGCCACCCGUUCCUGAAGCCGCAAACUGACCGCUCAGAAUUAUUCGGUCACGCACAACUCUUUGGUUUUUUUUCCUUAAUGUGACUGAGAUGAACAGACAAGCUCAAGUCUGAGACUUUCCCUGCAAUGGGUGUGCACUCGAGCAGAAAAUGCUUUUCAGAAUUUCUGAGAUUUUUUUCAAAUCAUAUUGGCAAAUUGCUGAUUUUAACUGAUGUCUUUUUUGUUGUUGUUGUUUAAUCGUCAGCUUUCUAAUGUGAGGCCAGGGAUUUUAAAAGGAUCAAAAUAACUGUUAAAAUCUUGGAUAUGUAUUUGUAUUUAUGAUUCUUCUGGUUGUUUUAUGCUUCUGUACAGUAUUUGCUAACAAGGGUAAAUUAAAGUGGGACUAAAACCUACCCACAGACUGUUAAGUGCAAUUCAUUUUGUUUUCCAUUCCAAAGUUUCACAGGUAAGUCAGGUAUCUAAAGGGACAAAUAACUUCCAUAACCUCUGUCAGAAAUAAGCUACAGGCUUAUCAGUGCAUCUGGAAAGUAACUGUCAUCUACUCUAGCUAGGAUUACAUAUACCACUAUGCAAAUAUUACGUGAAUAAAUGUUUAGCUGUUAGAAUUUUUUUUUAUCACAAAUUAACACCAAAAACCCCCACACAAAAACAAACAGGAAACAGUCAAGGUUUUCAUGAUAAAACUGAUACAUUCAUAGCAUUACAGUACUUCAAUAUGAUGGAUAAUUGCAUUUUACACGUUAAAAAAAAGUCUACAUUAAUUUUUAUCAUGACAACCAGUGCAAAAAAAUAAAUAAAUCAUAUGCUUUUUAUUUGGAUUUACUUUCAGGCAUAUCUAGUUUACCCUUGAUUAGUGUCCAACGCUUCGUAUGCACUAUUGUACAUAUUUUAUAUCAUGUUUUAUAUAAUCUUACGGUGAAGUUGCUAAUUGUUGUAAAGUAUUUAGACUUUUGAACAUUGAAAACACCCAAAGAUGUGUUGUAUGAGAACAAACUUGAAAGUCUUUUUUUUUAAAAUCACAUUUUAAAAAUCACUUUAAAUCUCUUAAAUGGCUUAACUAAAAAGUUGUUUAGUCUUUUUCUUUCUUUUUCUUUUUUAUCUAGCUAUAAGUUGCUGGUUUGAAAGUGUCUUGCAGGUGCUUGUCAUGUACAAAAAUUCAAACAGGGACUGUGUCCAUCAUUUUGAUAUUAUCGUUCCUCUUUUUAGCUAAAUGACUAUUGUACGUCAACUGUGUUUUGAAUUGCUAUGGAGAAAAUAUUUUCAAGCUAUUUAUGCAUAUUUAAAUAGGCCUUGGCUAUAUUUUGCUAAGAUGUUUUUAUAAAGACACUAAAAUGUUCGUGUCCUUGUUUGUCUGUACAAAAAAAAAAUGGCGUUUUUCUUUUUUAAACAACAGAAAGCGUGCUUACGUGAUGUUUACUUCAUUAAUGAUCUCGAUUUAAUAGAUUUGAAGUGGAAAGAAGUCACUUAAAAAAAACAACCUCUCAUUUUCUCACUUCCUCUGUGAAAGUACAGCAAAGUAAAGUCAACUUUCAUAACCUUUAUAACAAAGCUGUAACCAUUUUCAUCUAAAUCUGAGUUUGUGCACUGUGAA